AUGUGCAGAAAGGUUACUUUUUCUUGGAAAAAGGACACAUUUUGGAGUGGAAAAGUUCGCGUUGAAGGCCAAAUGGUUGUUGCUGAGAAGGCUAGAAAACCAGGAGGUCUAAUCCCAGCAGAAAGCUCGCACCUUUCUAAACUAUAUGUUCUUCGUAUACGGGCUAAUGAUCGAUAUGGAAUUACACUGGGGCCUUACAAUUUUGAACUGCUCCUUAAGAACUUGACCCAAUUACGAGAGCUUGACCUUUUUUUUGUGAACAUCUCUUCCACCAUUCCUCUAAAUUUCUCUUCUUAUUUAACAACACUACGGCUUCCAGGCACACAGUUACGUGGGUGGAAAGAUUCAGGAGUUCAGGUCCAAACCAUUGUUUUACGUUAUUCUAAAUUAGACCGGAAUAAGCUGAAGGGGAAAGUUCCACCAUCGUUGAUCAAUUGCAGAUAUUUGGAAUUCCUUGAUUUAGGCAACAAUGAGUUGAAUGACACAUUUCCAAGUUGGUUGGGAGGCCUUCCUUAUUUGCGGAUUUUAAGUUUGAGAUCAAAUAAGUUUCACGGCCCUAUAAAAGAUUCAAGGACAAACAACUCGUUUGCUCAAAUUCGAGUCAUAGAUCUCUCAUCCAAUGGAUUUAGUGGAAAAUUACCAGGGAGCCUUUUUGAGAAUUGUCAAGCCAUGAAAAUCAGUGGUGAGAACAGUGGAACCCCAGAGUAUGUUGCAGAUAUAUAUUCUUCUCAUAUUUCUUUGAUAGUUACAACAAAGGGACUGGAUCUAGAGCUUCCUCGAGUUUUGACUACAUACAUGAUUAUCGAUCUCUCAAGGAACAGAUUUGAAGGUCAUAUACCAGCAUCAUUCCAUCAAUUAUCUGUACUUGAAUCAUUGGAUCUCUCAUCCAACAAAAUAGGCAGUAAAAUUCCACAGCAGCUUGUAUCUCUCACAUUUCUUGCAUUCUUAAAUCUCUCUGAUAAUCAUCUUGUUGGAUUCAUUCCCAAAGGAAAACAAUUUGAUACGUUUGAGAACAGUUCAUACCAAGGGAAUGAUGGGUUACAUGGAUUGCCACUAUCAAACGAUUUUGGUGGUGAUGAUGGGGUACCGCAAGCGACAACUCCAGUUGAGCUAGAUGAUGAAGAAGAAGAAGAAGAAGAAGGAGAUUUGAUCAGUUGGCAGGCGGUUCUCGUGGGUUUCAGUUGUGGUCUGGAUGAAAUUUCUACCUCUUUCAGUACAUCUUGUGGCAGAAUGAAAACCGUUGCCCAAAAGUCAUUGACAACAAAUAAUACAGCAUUUAUCACUUGCAACCUCCUUGCAUAG